AACUCCUGGAAAAAGAAUAUUAUCAACCAACUGAGUCAAGCAAGCGAGUCACCGAGUCGGAGUCGUAGCCAUGGCAUCAUCACUCCUGAAGCGCACUAGUUACUCGGCAAUGAAAUUAGUCGCCGGAGCUCUGGCGAUCGGAGGGUCGUCAAGAGCCUAUGCGGCGAUUGCAGCUGGGACUGACAUAGUCUCGGCCGCACCCAACGUUUCCCUCCAGAAGGCUCGCAGCUGGGACGAAGGCGUCUCCUCCAAAUUCUCCGCCACUCCUGUCAAGGACAUUUUCAAGGACAAGAAAGUUGUCAUCUUUGGCCUCCCUGGUGCAUAUACUGGAGUUUGUUCUCAGCAACAUGUGCCCAGUUACAAGAACAACAUUGACAAGUUUAAGGCCAAAGGAAUUGAUUCUGUAAUUUGCGUGGCUGUUAACGAUCCGUAUGUUUUGAAUGGAUGGGCAGAGAAACUUCAAGCCAAGGAUGCUAUCGAGUUUUAUGGGGAUUUUGAUGGGGGCUUCCACAAAGCCUUGGACUUAGAUAAAGACCUCUCUGUUGCUUUGCUUGGACCUCGCUCUCACAGAUGGUCGGCUUAUGUGGUUGAUGGGAAGGUUAAGGCUUUUAAUUUGGAGGAAGCACCGUCUGACUUCAAGGUUUCUGGUGCAGAUGUUAUUUUGGGACAGAUCUAAACUUGCUUCUGAAUAGUGUUUUUUUUUUUUUUUUUUUUUUUUUCACUCCGUAGUUAUUUGGUUGUUAGAUUCAUGUCAUGAUUCGAAUCAUGGUUCGUAGUUUGUUACAGUAUUUUCUCUCACAAAAAACACGUAAAUCGAAAAUGAUUCUGAAUCAUAAUUCUGAAUCCAUCAACCAAACGUCAAACGUCAAAUAUCAUCCGUUAAUGUAUGUCGGAUUCAAGAGUUGUUUUUGGCUUUUGUCUCUGCUCAUAAAAAAUAAAAAUGAUGUUACCAACCUUGUGGAUUAAGUUAAGGAGUUGACGUGUAAUGCAAUGGAUUUCUUAAGUUUUUGCAUUUUACCUUUAUAGUAUAUUC